AUGGAAAAUUCCAAGACUAUUUAUACACCUAUAACCACUGCUACUCGACUAGACUUGGAUGAACCUGGUUCUCCUGCAAAUGAAACCAUGUAUAGGGGUAUCAUUGGGUCUCUACUAUAUUUGACUGUUAGCAGACCUGACAUUAUGUUUAAUGUCAAUUUUUGUGCAAGGUUUCAAUCAAGUCCAAAAGAAUCUCAUUUGAAGGCUGCAAAAAGAAUUCUGAGGUAUCUCAAAGGGACUCCAAACCUGGUCCUCUUCUAUUCGUCAGGAGAUAAUUUUUACUUGGUUGGAUAUGUUGAUGCUGAUUAUGCUGGAUAUUUGGUGGAUAGAAAGAGCACAUCUGGAAUGACACAUUUUCUGGGGUCAUGCUUGAUCUCAUGGGGUACAAAGAAACAAAAUUAUGUGGCUCUAUCUACUGCAGAAGCUAAACAUGUAGUUAUUGCCUCUUGUUGCGCUCAAUUGCUCUAG